AUGGUGGAAUCGGAAGCAAGCAUCUUCUUUUCGGUACUUGCUCUCCGGAUACCGACAGGAGCUGGAAGGACCCUCGAGCAGUCUGCCCUGCUCCAAGAGACCGGAGCUGCCAUCUCCAUAGCACCAAAUGCAUCACUGGUCCUCCGCAGCUGGGGGUUUGACCCUGCGAAGUCGCGCAUGGUCGCCAUCAAAACUGGAAGCAUCCUCAACGGCAGUAGUAUGCAAAUGGUGGUGCCCAACUACUAUGCGAACGUCGAGGAGGAAUACAGCUUUCCUAUAUAUUCCGAGAGGACGUAUCAGGGCAGCCUCGAUAACCUUUCGCCCUUCUCUGAUCAUGUGCACUGGGACACCGUCAAUGCGAAAGUAACCCUGGCCUACGGCACGAUCUGGCGGGCGGACCUGGUUAUCGCAGCGCAUGAUGUGCACUCGACAGCCAGAGAAUACGUCCUUGCUACAGACGAGAGCCACGUCAGUGACACGGGCUGGGCAACUAGGCGUUGGCUACUGCCGACAGAGGAAUUGCUAACAGACCCGAACACUGCAUCUUUGAUCGAAGAUUCUACCCAGAGGUACUUCGUGGGCGCUCGAGACGGGGGUUUGGUGUCCGAUUUCGCAGAGCCAUGGAUCAAGAUGCUCGAGAACUACGAAACUUCCACCAAUUUCAUCGGCUUCUUUUUGUCAAUAUGCAUCGUUCCUUCUCACCAUAAUAAAGCAGAGGGAAAUUGCCACAAUUGCAACACUUUCCUAAUAUGUUAA